AUGCGUGGCUUUUCAAUUCACGUUGUAGCUGUGGCCCUUUCCCUCUCUAUUGCUCCGGGACGAGCGAUUGGAAAUGCGCCACCCCAAGUGCCCUUGGCCGCUAAUGGCGGACGGCCUCGGUCCAGAGGCAAUCCUCUCAACAACCAAUUCAAGGAAUACAUUGACUUGGUCAGAGAGGACUUGCACGUUCCUGGGCUCUCGAUUGGAGUCGUCGACGGAGAUGAGACAUAUUUGGAGGGUUACGGCAACGCGAGACUGGAUCCCGAUGUUAAAGUAAUACCGGAUACCCUCUUUUACAUUGGCUCCAUCAGCAAGGCCAUUACUGCUGCCUCUCUCCUUUACGUCCUCGAAUCAACGACCAACACCUCGCACCCCGUCACCCUGGAAAGUCGGAUCCAUGAUCUCAUCCCGGAUGACUUCAUCCUCUCCGACGAGUACGCUACUUUACAUGCGACUCUAAAGGACGCGUUGUGCCACCGACUUGGCUACCCACGCCACGAUAUGAGCUACGGUGGGCCGGGAUUUACAGUCAAAGACGCCGUCAGACUGCUCAGACACUUACCGAUGACCAAGGAGCUUCGGCAAGAGUUCCAGUACUUUAACUAUGGGUACAUGAUUGCCCAUCACGUCGCGGCAACCCUCUCUGGGAAACCGUUUAGUGAUAUCCUCCAAGAGGCCGUUUUCGGGCCCCUUGGAAUGUCAUCGACGACUGUAAACCUUAAGCAUGCGACGCAGAACCUUGCCAUCGGCUACGGGUUCAAUAAUGUGACGAAGCAGCUGCACGAGCAACCUUGGUGGGACACUAACCUCAUCGGCCCUGGUGGAGUCAUCACGAGCGCGAGGGAUUUCACCAAAUACAUACGAGCCAUGAUAAACCAAGGCCUCCCGUUGUCCAAGGAUUCGCAGGAUGCCCUCAUCACACCGCUUAUUGUUGAGAGUCCGCUAGCCUCAGUGCACCAGUCCCAUGCUCUUUAUGCUACUGGGUGGGCUGUCACUUACUAUCGAGGUCGUCGGCUCAUAACCCAUAACGGCGGUCUCCCCGGAUUCACGGCCAUCACCGGGUAUCUUCCGGAUUAUAAAUGGGGCGCCGUGGUCGCGACGAAUGGAGAUAUUCAUGGGACUUUUGCUUCCGAAGCGGCUUUCUACCGCCUUCUCGACGACUUUCUCGACGUCUCGUCUCAUGACCGGACUGAUGUCAUUAGUCAAUAUGAUGGGUAUAUGCAAGGGAAGUACAACAAAUACGUGAAUGCACGGGAGAUAUUUUUCCCGGAUGUCCCAAAGCCUGGCCUGCCGCAUGCGCUGCCCCUGGAGGAGUACUCCGGAACGUAUUUCCAUCCGGGAUACCGCAAUAUCACCUUCGUGGUAACGGACCCUGCCGACUACCUACCCAUCGCUGAAACGACCAAAAAGGUGCUCCAUGGUUCGAAUCAACAUGAAUGGAACGUGGUCUUUGACCUGGAGCAUGUCUCAGGGGAACAUUUCAUCGCCUUCGCGAACUCGGAAAUGGGCUCACCUAUGUUGCAAGAGGUCACUACUGCUGAGUUUGUGGUUGGGCCUGACGGCAAGGUUUCUCGCCUGGGGGUCGUAAUCGAGCCUGCCCUGGCGGAGAAUAUUUGGUUUGAUAAGAUAGUCUGA